UUAAGCAUAGGAAUAACGAGUUUGAAAGUGGAACAGAAUCAGACUCUACAAAACGCCUUAACGGCAAAUGAUAAUUCUUUUAACAACAAUUCAUCUAACUUUGCUUCAGCGCCUUCGGCCAAUUUGGUUGCAGAGCCAACGGUAACACAACAUGAGAAACCGUCAGUGGAUGAGGAAAUGGAUACUUCAUUACCUGAAGAACCGAUACCAGAGGAGUUGACAGAGGUAAUCAUAUCAGCUGUUAAUAUGUCUGUUAUGGACCAAUGUGAUCAGAAAUCCUUGGAAGAUAAGGAGACGGUUGCUGGUACUUCUGAUAUCCCUUCGUCAGAAUCAUCCACAAGUUCGCAUCCUAUCCCUAAUAACCCAGUCUUAUCAGAACAAAAUGCUAAAAUAAAAGCACCUGAAAUAGAUAUACAGCUUUUGAUACAAGAAUUGCUUAUAGAACCUUCGGAAGAAGAUUGUGUUAAGGUUGUUAAUGUGGAGGAGAGUGAUCAAUCGCCUGCAAUCGAAUUAGCACAUCUGGAAUUCUGGAGAAUGGAGUUAUUACGAACAAAAAAGCCUAUGAACUUGCGAGUGGGCAGAUUUAUGAUGAAAUGCUACAGUAUCUUUCAGGAGUCUCUUGUGUAAACUUGCGCAAAAAAACCCAGCUAACUAAGCCUAUAUAUAUGUUAAUUAACGAAAUUGGAGAAGAUAAGAUUAUGCGAAUCAAAUCUUAUAGUGCAAACAAACUCUCAAAGUUAACUGACAUGC